AUGUUCAUAUUCGCACCGCGCGACAUGUCGACCUCCCGACAGAGCUCUGUCUCGCGACGGGGUCGUUUCGCGCGCUCGUCCACAACGACGAGCGUGACGCAGAUGCUAAGCGAUUCCUGCACGAGUCUCCUCCAGAAGCUGACUACGAGGGUACGCGGAACGUCUGCACUCAAUGACCACAAUGUCGGCCCCACGGCGAGGCGAUCGCCUAUUGUCGGCCGACUGGGUACUACAAGAAAUCGCUUGGAGAACAAGUACAGCACUAUUUUAGACAAGUAUUCCGGCAAGAGGCACGCCGACGAUUCGGAACGAAGCGGUCGCGGUUAUUCGCGGAAACAAGAGCGAGAUCACAACUAUUAUCACCGAGACGACAGUCCGUUUGUGCGCGAUGACAAGACUCUAGAGCCUUCGAUGACUCGUACUAUCAUCAAGAGUCCCACUAGCGUGCUUCUCAGCGAGAAAGCUUAUCCCUACGUGAGCUCUGCGAUAAGCAGAGAAUCCAGACGCGAGAAGACGCCCGCCUACAACCGCACAGCUCGGCAAACUUUAUUGAAUUCGGAAGCUUAUCGCCGUUACGGCAGACACAAAUCCGGACAUGCGGAAACGCGCAAUCGGAAGGUCAGGCCGCAUCGAAACGGCAAGAGCGAGCAGCUAGAAGCUCAUUCGACGUCUCUAAGAUUGUCCCGACCAGUUAAAAUCGAAUCAUUAACGUUUAUGGACAGCAAAGAGAUCACGGUCGAUCCGGACAAGACUCCAGUCGCUAACAGCAACACGGAGAACCUCAAUGACGUCGCUCAGAAUGUUACGCGGAACGCGUACGACGCAUUAACGGAGGAUGUGGAUCCAGCGAUCUCGGACCGGGCAGCCAAACGAAAGGAGAUCCAAAGUUUAAUCCUGAAAUACGCCGCCAUGGAGGAUACCUACAGUCAAUUGGCGGCUGGUGGACAGGCGAACGUACUUCCCAGCACGACGGAUCUCAUCGCCAGCAAGUACAAGAAGAGCAAUCACCACAGCAACCAGAAAGACGACGCGUCCAAGGGCACAGUAGCCCCGGGUAGCGCGAACGCGAUUAGCGAGGUGGACACGAUUCACGACGCGAUCAGCCCACGACCGCCCUCCGUCGAGGACGACGAAGACGGCCACCUUGUAUACCAAUCCGGCGAUCUCCUGGCCAAUAGAUAUAAAGUACUGGCCACCCUAGGAGAGGGUACUUUUGGAAAAGUUGUCAAGGUUAAGGACUUGCAAAUGGAUCAUGUGAUGGCUCUGAAGAUUAUUAAAAACGUGGAAAAAUACAGGGAAGCAGCAAAGCUGGAGAUAAAUGCUCUUGAAAAGAUUGCUAAUAAGGACCCGGAAGGCCAGCAUCUAUGCGUAAAGAUGCUCGAUUGGUUCAAUUAUCACGGACACAUGUGUAUCGCUUUCGAAAUGCUCGGUCUGAGUGUUUUCGACUUCCUGAGGGAUAACAGUUACCAGCCAUAUCCGUUGGAACAUGUUAGGCACAUGGGUUAUCAACUUUGUUACGCUGUUAAGUUUUUACAUGAUAACAAGCUCACGCACACGGAUCUUAAACCGGAGAACAUUUUAUUCGUGGAUUCAGAUUACGAUAGCACAUAUAACAACAAAAAGGUUUUUCUUUUUAAGCGAAGGGACAUGAGACGCGUGAAGCGAACCGACAUCAAACUUAUCGACUUUGGUAGCGCUACUUUCGAUCACGAACAUCAUAGUACAAUCGUCAGCACAAGACACUAUAGAGCACCCGAAGUGAUUUUAGAAUUGGGCUGGUCUCAACCUUGCGAUGUUUGGUCCAUCGGUUGCAUUUUGUUCGAGUUAUACUUGGGCAUCACGUUAUUCCAAACGCAUGAUAAUCGCGAGCACCUGGCGAUGAUGGAACGCAUACUUGGCACGAUACCACAUCGCAUGGCUCGCAAAACUAAGACCAAGUACUUCUACCAUGGCAAACUGGAUUGGGACGACAAGAGUUCGGCCGGUAGAUACGUACGAGAUAAUUGCAAGCCGUUACAUCGUUAUAUGCUGUCUGAUGAUGAAGAUCAUCGUCAGCUGUUCGAUCUGAUUCAACGAAUGUUGGAGUACGAGCCCUCGCAACGUAUUACUCUGAAGGAUGCGUUGACUCAUUCGUUCUUCGAUGCUUUACCAGCAUCCCAGAGAUUGCCUGACCCGCGAGCAGCUGGUGAUUCUCAACAAUCUCACGAACGAUCACAUUCACUCUCUCGAUGAAGCUAGGAAAGGGACCGAUCUCCGUGCUGGACAGACACUCCACUUUCAACGACACUACUGCCCUAUGUCUUCGUUCUAAUAUCAUUAAUUUUUAUGGAAACAUGUCUUUCGUAACUACGAGAUCCUAUGAUGUGACGAUGCGAACGUUGAUUUUGAAAAAUAGUGCGUGUAUGUGU